AUUGUACAGUGUUGUCAUCCAUGUUCCAUGAAGUAACUAACUGCUACUGAAAUGUUUCUUCCUGCAACUAAUGUCCUCUUUCAAUACACCUUUCCUUCUUCUUCUUCUUCUUCAUUGAAUUUUUUCCCUCUUCAAUUCCCCAAAUCCAAAACCAAAUUCCACAUUCGUUGCUCCACUCCCGAGAUUCAAACCCGAACCCGUCGACGCUCCUCCGCCAUUGAACAAAUCGCCAAGAAGCUCCGCAGCCUCGGCAUCACCGAACCCCCUACCUCCUCCUCCUCCGAAAUUCACGUUCCGUUCCCGCAUGAGCUCCCGAAGCGGCGCGUGGGGCACACCUUCGAGCCGAGCUGGAGCACGCCGCUGAACCCGGUGCCGGUCCCGGGGUCCGGCAUCGCGGCGCUGAGCAAGAGCGAGGUGAGGAGGCAGAAGAAACUGCGGGCAGAGGAGUCGAGGAGGAGGAAAGAAUUGGUGCCCACGCUGGCGGAGCUGAGCCUCCCGGACUCUGAGAUUCGGCGCCUGACCACGCUAGGGUUUUCGACGACGAAGAAGAAGGUCAGGCUAGCCAAGGCCGGCAUCACGGAGCGGAUCGUGGACGUGAUUCACGAGCGGUGGAAGCGUUCCGAGGUGGUGAGGGUCUUCUGUGAGGAGCUUUCUAGAGAUGACAUGAGAAGGACUCAUGAUUUGUUGGAGAGAAAAACUGGAGGCCUUGUUGUUUGGAGAUCUGGAACGAAGAUAAUAUUGUACAGAGGAGCUGAUUAUAAGUAUCCUUACUUCUUAUCUGAUAAAGUUACGAGACAAGACAACACUAGUAAUGAUGCUUUGCAACAUGUCAAUGCUGAUGAUAAAUACUGUGAUAAAAGUGAGAGCCACUUGUCUGAAAAAAAUUCAGUGGCAUGUGCUGUGGAAAAUUCAAAUGCUGAAACAGCAAAACCAGCUUUGAUACUAGGUGUUGGUACUCCCAAUAAAGUACGAUUUCAACUGCCAGAUGAAGCAGAGCUUGCAGAAGAUACAGACUGUUUGCUAACAGGGCUUGGGCCUCGAUUUACUGAUUGGUGGGGAGGUGAUCCUUUGCCUGUUGAUGCUGAUCUUCUGCCUGCUGUUAUUCAUGGUUAUAGGAAGCCCUUUCGCCUUCUUCCAUAUGGUGUGAAUCCUAAACUAACAGAUGAUGAAAUGACCACAUUGAAGAGACUUGGCAAACCUUUACCUUGCCAUUUUGCAUUAGGGAGAAACAGGAAACUUCAAGGAUUGGCUGCUGCAAUUAUUAAGCUUUGGGAAAGAUGUGAGAUUGUCAAGAUUGCUGUAAAGAGAGGUGUGCAGAAUACUAGCAGUAAGAUAAUGGCUAAAGAGCUAAAGCAUUUAACUGGAGGAAUUCUCCUUUCUCGGGAUAGAGAAUUCUUUGUUUUCUAUAGAGGAAAGGACUACUUGCCAGCUGCAGUGUCUUCAGCCAUUAAAAAGCAGAGGAAUAUUGGAAUGUACAAACUGAAGUUUGGAAACAGUUUGUCAGCUACAGUCACUCCAAACCCGAAAGAUGGAACCAUAGAGUGUAAUUCUGAAGUAAAGGGUAUGAACUUCCAGAAAGAUACUAAACAACGAAUGUUGACUAAGGCUGAGGAAGCUAUUAAAAGAACAAGCAUCAAAUUGUCAAUGGCAUUAGAAAAGAAAGCAAAGGCUGAAAAACUUCUAGAAAAGCUGAUAAAUGCAGAGAGUCCCCAAGAACAAGAAAUAGAUAAAGAGGGUAUUAGUAAAGAAGAGAAAUACAUGCUGCGGAGGAUUGGCUUGAUGAUGAAGCCCUUCCUGUUACUAGGUAGACGAGGGGUUUUUGAUGGAACGGUUGAAAAUAUGCAUCUUCAUUGGAAGUAUCGGGAACUUGUGAAGAUAAUAUGUAAUGGAAGCCUGGAAGAAGUCCAUCAGAUAGCUCUGACCUUAGAGGCAGAAAGUGGUGGAAUAUUAGUGGCAGUAGAGAGAGUGAGAAAGGGAUUUGCAAUCAUUGUGUAUCGUGGAAAGAAUUAUAGUGUCCCUGUUUGUUUGAGGCCUCAAACGCUUUUAAAUAAAAGGCAAGCUUUGAAGCGUUCUAUAGAGGCACAGCGCCGUGAGUCAUUGAAACUUCGUAUUUUGACGCUAGAUAAGGAAAUAAAUGAAUUGAAGCUUCAAAUUGUUGAAGAUGAGGAGGCUAACAGUAAGCAAAUGGCUGAAGCGUCGAGACUUGACAUGGCUACAGACGAACAUGAAGCUUGUUCAAAUUUCAUAAAUUGGCAUUCUCCUAAAGAAGCUUCUGGUGACAAUCAACAAGCAAUACAGGAGGAGCCAGUUGAGCUGAUUGAUAGUGGUGGAGCUCAUCAAGGUGAACCAGAAAAUUCCAUAAGUUGGAAUUCUUCUAUAGAAGCUUCCAUUGACAAUCAACAAGCAAUACAGGAGCAUCCUGUUGAGCUGAUUGAUGGUGGUGCAACUCAUCAAGAUGAACCAGAAUCCUGGCCUAGUUUGAUUCAUAAAGAAACACAGUCGGAUGAAGUGAGUGAUUCUGUGACUGAUACCGAGCUUCACAUCUCUAAUAGAAAGGGAAUGGAAUCAUCAAACUCAUUGUCAAAAAAUGAUCGUGAACCAUUAGCUCCAGUGAUAUAUAUGAGUUUGCCUUCUAGGUCUGUGCAUCUUUCAACCAAAGAGAGACUUCUUCUGCGGAAGCAAGCCCUAAAGAUAAAGCAACCUGUCCUUGCCAUAGGAAAGAGCAAUAUUGUGUCCGGUGUUGUGCAAACAAUUAAAGCUCACUUUGAAAAGCACCCUCUUGCUGUAGUUAAUGUCAAAGGAAGGGCAAAAGGGACCUCAGUUCAGGAGUUGGUGUUCAAGCUAGAGCAAGAAACAGGUGCCCUUCUAGUCUCUCGGGAGCCUAGCAAUAUCAUACUUUACAGGGGUUGGCCAUCAGAGAGACGUAGCCGCCCUGCAAUGCAUGUUAAUAAAGUGAGAAAUGAGGAAGGGACAGAGCCCAGUGUCUCCCCUGCCUAUGCACACAGGAUCAGGAUCAGGAACAGGAACAGGAAAAUAAGAAUAAGUAUGAUAGGGAAAAGAAGAAUAGAUAGAACAGGCUCAAGGCCAAAUUUUAAUUUUAGGAGAGAUUCUACCCCCAUCUUUAGCACUAGUUCGUAACAUCAUACUUCAGCACUGUGAACUCAGAGAGAAGUAAUUUGGGGUGACAUGGGAACAUUGAAAUUUUUUAGUGGGAAGAACACCAAACAGGAACUGGAAAAGAAAGAAGAAAGACAGCAAAGAGCCUUUACUAAUUUUGAAGCCUUUCUUCACUCCUCAAGUGCCCAGUUUUUGUUUCUCUGGGACUGAACUUACAUGUCUAGUAAUAUCUUCCUGGUACUUAAGACAAGGUCAUCAUGUUUUCCCUACCAAGCACCUUGUUUCUUAACACUCAAGGUUAUCAACUCAUCAUGCACGAUAUGCUUGAAUCAUAUUUGAGCAGAAAGUAAUUUAGAUACAGGCAUACAGCAUACGGAUACCAGCGGAAGAAGAAGAAAAAAUUGUAUUACAACAAAACAUUUAAAUGGAAAAGAAUACCACAUGUUUGAAUGUUUAGAAAGGAAAAAAAUAAAAUAAUAAAGUUGUCUUUGUUGAUUAUAAAUUUGGAACUCCAUUACAUCCAUGUCUGGUAUUCUCAGGUUUUCUCAUCUAACUCUAUACACUUCACAAUAUUGAAGUUCCAGUCCAGGGAACCUCAGUGGGGCAUUGUUUGCCACUCCCACUUCA